UUAAAGUAUAUCUUAAAGUAUUCCUAAUGUUGAUGCUCUUAAGGCUGGCAUUUCUUUGGCCUUUUCAAUUGCAAAUAAAAGAACUAAUAAAACUAAUCGUCUUCAUAAUUAUAUAUAUUCAAGCAAUCAGGCAGACACUAUUGCCUGAGCUUACUUCUGAAACAGAGAAGCCAAAAACCCACAAUCAAUCAAAAACCAGUAGGAUCACAGGAAGAUCACCACUACCAUUCACUGAUCACAAUGGAAGUAGGAGGAGAAGUGGAUGGUGAGGAAACCAAGCCGCAGCGAUGAGGUGUUGGAGGCAGAGGAUCAGUCACUCAAGCCGUCAAGCCCAACCGCAGCUAACCGGAUUCUUCUUCUCCCACUGCGUCCUCCUUGGAAACCAAAAACGUUCCUGACUUUCACAAGUUCCUAUCCCUCAACUCACAACAAUCUAAUCUUAACUUUUCUGGAGAUGGAUCAUUGUCUGUGCAAGAGGAGUUUGUUGACAAACAGUGUCACACGGUUUGAGUUUGUUGACCCCACUACUACAAGGAGUCGAUAUCAAUUGACAAACAGUGUCACACGGUUUGAGUUUGUCACCUCAACAAUCAUAUUCGCUCACUGCAGGGAAUGGGUGAGCUUCGGAGAUGGAUGUAAUCUUCAGUUGAACAGGGGCCAUGACCAUGAGCAAGUGGGAGCGGCAGAGGCUUUCAGAAGCAAUCCAGCAACAAACGACUGGAUCCCUAGCACUGAAGUAGCAGGAGAGGUACUCUGAAAAUCUCUAAGGCAGAAACUUAAAAGAGGAUUUAACCGAUGGUCAUCUCUAUGUUUUCUAUUAGAACAAUUCCGUCUCUUCCAUGCCCAGUCGAAGCAAGAGUUCAUUAAAUGGCUAAACCACACAUCGCCUGCAUCUGCAUCUCAAGCAGAACAAGUAGUUUCCAAGGACAUCCACCCAGCGCUAAUUUUAGUUGCUACCCUGGCGGGCCUGCUUCUGGAUGAUCUAAAACAUGUAUUAUCAUGUUAGGUAUAUCUAAUGGAGUCGUCUGAUUCAAUUGUGAUAAUAAGUACCAAACAGACUUAUCUAACCCAUUUCCAUGAUCAUCGAAAUAAGAAGACAACUCCCAAUUGAAAUAUGAAAGUAGAUGUGUUUUAAGAUUUGGGAUAUUCCAGAACCUGGGGAUCUUUAAGCCCUAUAGACUGCAAUAGAAAACAGGGUUGAAACUUGAAGUCA